AUGCGUUUUGCUGGUGUUUGUGGGCAGGUCUACAAAUUAGACGUCAAGAAAAGUAUAAAUACAAAUACGAUUUCUUGUUCAAAAUUCUACGGAACUGUAAAAGGAACGGUGUAUCUGGCAUCUAAGAACAUUGUAGUAGUUGUUUUGUUCUCAGUUAAGAUUCUAUUAAGCUAAAUACACUAGAAUUUCACCUAUUUUCAGAUACGUCUACAAGUGAGCUAUGGCACGUACCAAACAGACCGCCCGUAAAUCCACUGGUGGAAAAGCACCCAGGAAACAACUGGCCACAAAGGCUGCAAGGAAAAGUGCGCCAUCUACUGGCGGUGUGAAGAAACCUCACCGUUACAGGCCGGGCACAGUGGCUCUGAGAGAAAUUCGUCGCUACCAGAAAUCCACUGAGCUGCUGAUCAGGAAACUGCCUUUUCAGCGGCUGGUCCGUGAGAUUGCCCAGGACUUCAAGACAGACCUCCGCUUCCAGAGUGCUGCCAUUGGUGCUCUGCAGGCAAGUUAACCAAAGGAUUUGAGUUGAA